ACGUCAUGCCUCGCCUACACUUCAACUCCGCCAUUCCUACAAAUAAAUCCUUCAGAAUCACCGAAGCCCCUGAUUGAAUCCACAAAGCCCUCUAAAAUGCCCACAAUCCUCAUCGUCGGCGCAACUCGCGGCCUCGGAGCCAGCCUAGCCAAGCUCUAUGCUUCAGAUGCGAACAACGAAGUCCUCGCGACGGCAAGGUCCUCGAAUCCACCUGCGAAUACAAAGAACCUCACCUACAUCCCCGGACUCGACAUCGCGUCGCCCGAUGCCGGCAAGAAACUCCUCAGCUACCUCCACACGCGACCAAUCUCGCGCAUCGACACCGUGAUAAUCACAGCCGGCUACUUCGCGACCGAGACCCUCAAAGAGCCGUCUUUCGAAGCGCAGGAGAAAAUGUACCGGACCUGUACCAUCGGCCCCACGAUCCUCGUCACCGCGCUCGCAAACGACUCCGACAAACUGCUCUCCUCCGGGUCGAAAAUCAUCCUCGUCUCCUCAGAAAGCGGCAGCAUCACACUCCGGCACGAAAGCGAAGGCGGAGGUAACUACGGCCACCACGCCAGCAAAGCGGCGCUGAACAUGUGUGCCAAGUUGCUGAGCCUAGAUCUGAAGGACAGGGGUGUGGCGGUCGCGAGCGUGCAUCCGGGCUUCAUGCGCACGGAGAUGACGCGUAGUGUGGGCUUUGAUAAGUUCUGGGAUGCGGGAGGGGCGGUGACGCCGGAUGAGGCGGCGAAGAGCCUUGUAGAGUGGAUAGCGACGUUCGAUAUGUCGAAGACAGGGCAGUAUUGGGCGCCGAGGGGGGCUGGGGAUAUUGGAACCGCUGAGCCGGUGCUGGGUCCGAAGGAGAAGCUUCCGACGCCUCUGCAGCUGCCUUGGUAGAUGGGACGUCCUGGCCUCGGGUGGUAAUGGAGCCACGACGGGAGGCAUGACCAAGAGGAAAGUAAAGACUGUAAUUAUAUUCCGGCUGCUUGAUCGUUAUAUUGAUAUUACGCUAUAACUCCAAUUACCCU